GCGGCCUUUAGUAGAAGAGUAAAAUGCUUGGAAAACGGCCGUUUCUACCGCGACCCGAACAGGACUAUACAAAAAAUGUGGACAUCAGAAGAGUGCUCCAAGUAUUUUUUGUGCCUGGAAGGAGAAGUCUUCGAUUUCAAAUGCUCAACGGGACUUCUAUUCGACGUCAAUCGACAAAUAUGCGAUUUCAAAUUAAACGUGGAUAACUGCGAUAUAACAGCAGAGGCGGUAAUACCAAAACCGUUGCUGAAGGAAGCGAAAUGCGAUGAUGAAAAUCAUCUGGGUUGCGCUGACGGUACUUGUUUACCUCAAGAGUACUUCUGUGAUGGUUCUUUAGACUGCUCAGAUGGCAGUGACGAAGGUUAUUGCGAUGUAAAUAACGAUCCUAACGCAGCGACCUCUUGCGAUCCUCUGGCCUGCUCCUUGCCUAAUUGUUUUUGCUCCAAGGAUGGAACCAGACCACCCGGAAAUCUUCCGAUAUCAUCUACACCACAAAUGAUAACUAUAACAUUCGAUGAUGCUGUUAAUGACGAUAAUUGGGACCUCUUCAACAGAGCUUUAUUCCUGAAGCAGUACAAAAAUCCCAACAAUUGUCCAAUAAAGGCGACUUUCUUCGUCAGCCAUCAAUACAAUAAUUAUUAUUACACACAAAAAUUGUGGAAUGACGGACACGAAAUAGCCAUUCAUUCUAUAACGCACCGAGGUCCGGAGGAAUGGUGGUCAAACAACGCUACCAUCGAAGAUUGGUUUGACGAAAUGGUGGGUCAAGCGAACAUACUGAACCGAUUUUCCAAAAUUCGAAUGGAGGACAUCAAAGGGCUGCGAGUACCGUUUCUAAGGAUAGGCUGGAACAGGCAGUUUUUGAUGAUGAAAGAAUUCGGUUUCGUGUACGACAAUUCCAUGGUAGCCCCGUUUUCGAAUCCCCCGUUGUGGCCUUACACAUUGGAUUACAAAAUGCCUCACAAGUGCAUGGGAAAUAAGCAACUGUGCCCGUCUAGAUCGUACCCUGGUGUAUGGGAAUUGCCGAUGAAUCAAUUAGAAACCAGCGAUUACACUUGCGCUAUGGUGGACUCGUGUCCCCCUACGCUUUCAGGAAGCGAAAUGUUCGAUAUGUUAAUGCACAAUUUCAAGAGGCACUAUUUAAGCAACAAAGCUCCAUUCGGCCUCUACUUUCAUUCAACUUGGUUCAAAAACCCAAGUUACCUAUCCGCAUUUCAAGUAAGUCACUCAAACAAAUUAUUAAUAACACAGUAA